AUGCUUGUCAUCCUUCUCAACUGUGUCACUCUGGGAAUGUACCAACCUUGUGAAGACGUGGACUGCUCCAGUGACAGAUGUAGGAUUUUACAGGCUUUCGACGAUUUCAUCUUUAUUUUCUUCGCCAUGGAGAUGGUGGUCAAGAUGGUUGCCUUGGGGAUCAUUGGGAAAAAGUGUUACCUUGGCGACACAUGGAAUCGAUUGGAUUUUUUCAUCGUGAUGUCUGGAAUAGUGGAGUAUUCGCUGGACCUGCAGAAUGUCAGCCUAUCUGCAAUCCGAACCGUUCGAGUCCUGCGACCACUGAAAGCCAUCAAUCGGGUUCCUAGUAUGAGGAUCCUGGUCAAUCUGUUACUGGACACUCUCCCGAUGCUGGGCAACGUCCUGCUGUUGUGCUUCUUUGUCUUUUUUAUAUUUGGAAUCAUCGGUGUGCAGCUGUGGGCCGGUCUCCUGCGGAACCGCUGUUUUCUGGAAGAGAACUUGACAUUGUACAAUGGACUCUCUCUGCCUCAGUACUACCAUCCGGAGAAAGAUGAUGAGACCCCCUUUAUCUGCUCUCUGUCUGGAGACAAUGGCAUCAUGGGCUGCGACGAGAUCCCAGCCUUGAGGGACAACGGGCAUGAGUGUUGCCUGGACAAGGACGAUUAUUAUUAUUACGCUGCUCUGGGACAGGAGCUGAACGUCACCGGGGGCUGUGUGAACUGGAACCGCUAUUACACAGUGUGCCAGACUGGGGACAGAAACCCCCACAAAGGUGCCAUCAACUUUGACAACAUCGGCUAUGCAUGGAUUGUGAUCUUUCAGGUUAUAACACUGGAAGGUUGGGUCGAGAUCAUGUACUAUGUAAUGGAUGCACACUCUUUCUACAAUUUCAUUUACUUCAUCUUGCUUAUUAUCGUAGGUUCGUUCUUCAUGAUCAACCUGUGCCUGGUUGUCAUAGCGACGCAGUUCUCGGAGACGAAGCAGCGAGAGCACCAGCUGAUGCAGGAGCAGCGGGCAUUGUACCUGUCAUCCAGCACAGUGGCAAGUUUCACCGAGCCGGGGGACUGCUAUGAGGAGAUGUUCCAGUACGUCUGCCACAUACUGCGCAAGGCACGGCGCCGCACCCUGGGAAUCUACACCAGCUUCCAUAGCCGUCGCCAGGGCAACCAAGGACCCUCCAGUCUGGGUGUUUGCCAGAAAGAGUGCGGGCACUGCCCCGUGAUGGACAACCUGGAUUACACCCCACACGCAAUCGUCCAGCCCAUUGUCCUGAGCCUGACCUCUGACCCUAGCCACUGCCCACAAUGCAACAGCAUCGAACUGACCGCAGGAAGCAAAGCCUCAGACCUGGUUGACACUGAGGCCGGAGCGGUUUGCGAGGCGGGGAUGGACAAAGAGGCAGAGUUGGAAAGAAAGGGGACAGUGAAGCCAGAAGGGGAGCCGGGCUGGUGUGUUGAAUUGUGGAGCGAAAUGCGUGGCAAGCUGACAAAUAUCGUGGAGAGCAAAUAUUUCAACCGAGGCAUCAUGAUGGCAAUUCUCAUCAACACUAUUAGCAUGGGGAUCGAGCACCACGAACAGCCAGAGGAGUUGACCCAUGUCUUGGAAAUCAGCAAUAUUGUAUUCACCAGCAUGUUCGCCCUGGAAAUGAUUCUCAAACUCACUGCAUUUGGAUUCUUCAACUACUUGCGAAAUCCUUAUAAUAUCUUUGAUGGCAUCAUCGUCAUCAUCAGCGUCUGCGAGAUCAUUGGUCAGUCGGACGGGGGCCUGUCAGUGUUACGGACCUUCCGUCUUCUCCGAGUGUUGAAGUUGGUCAGGUUCAUGCCAGCUCUCCGCCGUCAGCUCGUUGUCCUAAUGAAGACCAUGGACAAUGUCGCCACCUUCUGCAUGCUGCUGAUGCUCUUCAUCUUCAUCUUCAGCAUACUGGGAAUGCACAUAUUUGGUUGCAAAUUUAGCCUGAAGACCGAUGGUGGGGAUACUGUUCCUGACAGGAAGAACUUUGACUCACUUCUCUGGGCUAUUGUCACAGUUUUUCAGAUUCUGACCCAAGAGGACUGGAAUGUUGUGCUUUAUAACGGGAUGGCCUCCACUUCACCCUGGGCCGCUUUGUAUUUUGUGGCCCUGAUGACCUUUGGGAAUUACGUGCUCUUUAACCUGCUGGUCGCCAUCCUGGUCGAGGGUUUUCAGGCUGAGGGAGAUGCCAACAAGUCAGACUCGGAGGAAGAACAAACUUCAACAAAUUUUGAAGACUAUGAAAAGAUCAAAGAAAUACAUUACUUAUCAGAGCUGAAAGCCUGUUCGAUUGCCAUGACUCCCAACGGGCAUUUGGAUCUGUCUCCUCAGAAUCAGUCCGUAGGAUCGAGGAGUUCACUACAACCGGAAAACCCCUACAUCCCUGCGGGAUCACGGAAAAGCAGCGUGACCUCACUGACCCGUGUCAACUUUGACCAGAAGUCACUGUCAAGCCGUCGAAGCUCUCACUAUGUACCGUGGGGUGCUGGCAGUAACUGGGGCAGCCGGAGGACCAGCUGGAGCAGCGUAGGCCGAGCCUCGAGCCUGAAACACAAGCCUCUCUCCGGGGAACACGAGGCCCUCCUCGCGGGCGACAGGUGGAGAAUCCCCUCGACCUCUGAUGACCCCAGAGAUGCCCGGCCCGAGGAGGCUGCCAGCUCCAACCCACUGCAUCGUCGGGCAUUAUCGCUGGACACCAAAGGUUCAGGGGACUUGCCGGAACUCCUCCAGGUCCCCGCCGUGCAGCCCGUGCCAAGGAAGAACAGCAUAGCAACGGUUACCUUGGAGCGUAGGGACUGUAAUGGCAAGGGCCCACAUAUUGUGAAGGAAAUCUUCCCAAAGAUGAACAACAGGAAAGACCAGGGCGUUUACGAUGAGGAGAUCGACUAUAGGGCAGAUGUUUCAAUGAAAGUCGUGUCUCUGGGGUUUUACAUUGGUGACCAAGCCUACCUGAGAAGUAGCUGGAACAUCCUGGAUGGGUUCCUGGUCUUCGUAUCACUUAUCGACAUAGUCGUGUCACUGGCGUCAGCAGGUGGGGCGACGAUACUGGGCGUACUCCGUGUGCUCAGGCUCCUCAGGACACUACGGCCCCUCAGGGUCAUCAGUCGAGCUCCAGGCUUGAAAUUGGUUGUUGAAACUCUCAUUUCCUCACUCAAGCCCAUUGGGAACAUUGUCCUCAUUUGUUGCGCUUUCUUCAUAAUCUUCGGGAUCCUUGGAGUCCAGCUUUUCAAAGGCAAGUUCUACUACUGCCAAGGUCACGACACCCGUAAUGUCACUAAUAGGUCGGACUGCUUGCUGGCUAACUAUAGGUGGACCCAUCACAAGUACAACUUUGAUAACCUGGGACAGGCUCUGAUGUCACUCUUUGUGCUCGCUUCGAAGGAUGGCUGGGUCAACAUCAUGUACCAUGGGCUGGAUGCAGUCUCCAUUGACCAACAGCCCAUCAUCAACCACAACCCUUGGAUGUUACUGUAUUUCAUCUCCUUUCUGCUCAUCGUCAGCUUCUUUGUGUUGAACAUGUUUGUUGGGGUGGUGGUGGAGAACUUCCACAAGUGCCGUCAGCACCAGGAGGCCGAGGAAGCAAGGAGGCGCGAGGAGAAACGUCUGCAGAGGCUGGAGAAGAAACGCAGGAAGGCCCAACGUUUGCCAUAUUACGCAGCCUACUCACCAGUCCGCCUCUUCAUCCACACCAUGUGCACAAGCCAUUAUCUGGACCUCUUCAUCACCUUCACCAUCUGCAUCAACGUGGUGACCAUGUCUCUGGAACACUACAACCAACCCAAGGACACCCUCCGCGAUUGCUCCAACGACGACCGUGGUUGUUUCAGUAACCUCCAGCUGAUCUCGCCACUGUACUUUGUCAGCUUUGUGCUGACGGCCCAGUUUGUGCUGAUCAACGUGGUGGUGGCCGUCCUCAUGAAGCAUCUCGACGACAGUAACAAGGAGGCCCAGGAGGACGCUGAGUUGGACGCCGAGAUUGAGAUGGAACUGGCCCAGGGGUUCUGCUGCCAACUGGUGGGUCCAUCAGCCCCGGGGGGCAGCGCUGGGUCCGACAAUGGCCCCAAGGGUCAUAAGAAGAAAGCAGAGAGACCAGACCCAGGGAAACACAUCUCACCUGCACAGGAGAACCUGUGGCUGGACAGUGUCUCACUAAUCAUACGAGAUACUUUUGAGAAUGAACUGUUGAUGAUUGAUAACCUCUCUGGAUCUAUCUUCCACCAUUACACCUCUUCACCCACCUGCUGGAACUGUCACCACGACAAGCAUGAGGUUCACCUCGCUGAGACAGAAGCAUUCUCCCUGACCUCCGACCUCCUCUCGGACAAAUCAUCAUCAGUGGUUCUGGCUGAUGACCUGAGCUCAGAUGACAGUGUACCCCACCUGCCCACCAGGGGAAGUGAUGAAAAGGAAGGAACAAAUAAUCCCAGUGUUCCUGAGAAUGGCAGCACAAGCAUCGUAACAUUGAAGGAGACAGCGAUAUGCAGAACAAACUCACUGCCAAACAACAGCUACAUUUCACAUGUCGAGAAUUCAGAUUCAGGCCAAACAGUUCCAGAAACACAGCCAGAGCCCACGGAGCAGAAGGGUGUGGCUCCUCUCCAGACUUCUUCGUCCUCCUCUUGUCUUCAGUUUUCAACCGAGCUCUUCCAUCCUGCAAAGCUUUCCUCCACAGAGCAGGCUCACAGCACUCAGUAUCCCAAGGUCUCUUCUUCCUCUUCCUGGGCCUUGCUACAGUCAUCCAACAUGGCCUGGUCCCUCCAGCGACAGGUCGCCAUAAGCGAUACCUCACUGAGUGACGGCUCGGUGGAUAGCCUUCAAACAACACUGGAGAACAGCCUGAGAUUGGCGGUGUCACCUCAGUGCACGCUGGCUCUCCCCAUGGUCUGUACCGCUCUGUCAGGCCAAAGAAACACUCCUUCCUUCACCCCCCCUCUUCGGAUAAACACUCUCCAACGACGGAGGGGCCUCGGGCUUCAGAUGAUGAGGGGACGCCAAAGGAGCCAAAGCAGCGGGGGCAGCACCAGCCCAGGAUGCACAUAUCAGGACUCCAUGGACCCCUCGGAUGAAGAAGGAAUCAGCCACUCCCUGAGGGCCAACAGCGAUCAGUCUGAGACACUGAGCAGCCUCUCUCUAACCUCCCUCUUCUCUCCGUCACGCUCUCCGCCCACUCCAAUCAAAAAAUGUAACAGCACAGGCACUUUGGACGCUGUCUCGAAAGGCCGGGACACCAAACAAUUUUAUACCGUUGACCAACAAGGGUUCUUAACAGCCCCCUCUUGGGUAUCCGACUUCUGCAGGAAUAACCAUCCUGCUUCUGGCCUGGAAGAUCAAGGAGCUCACCAGGAGACAGACACUGAGGACGUUAAAAUAGCGCACGUGCGACCAUCCUCCCAGAUCCAAACUGGGCCUGAGUACAACGCCACAAUGCAAAGGAAGAAAAGAUGACUUUGCAGCAUCCAUUUUUUUUUAAAUAAUAAUAAAAAAAAAGAGAAAGACGUACUGGCUGAAACACUUAGUUUACCUCAUCAUGUGAGAGUUAUGCAGUCCAGCUAUCUCGUGGCGUAUGCGUGUACCGGAUGAAAGGUCACAAUUAAUUCAACUCUUGGUGUGUGGAGUCACUCUCGAAACCUAGGCAGCAGAAAUGCUAUCUUUUUUUUUGUUUUGUUCUCCUCCCAACUUCCAAAAUCAAUGAAGAAUGUAACAUUAGUUGAUAAUAACAGCCACUAAGAUCCGAACAAGGGUGGGUGAAAUUGAUUUCGGAGAAGGUUCUAGAAUCCCCUCAGUGCAUUAAAUUGAGGGUGGGAGGAAUAGCUCCAGUUAGGCUUAUCAGUGUCAUGGUGACACAGUAGGCCCUAACUCCACAAUGCCAGUAAGCUAAAUAAAUGAUGAUGUACAUUUUCAGGUUGCUGUGAGGAAAGAGACGGGGGAGUUAAGACUUCAGAAUAAGCAAAGAUAGAUCACACUGACACCAUUUGGGAUUCAAUAACGGAAGUCUAUUUAUAAAAA